AUGGAUGGUAUGAGUUUCGACUUUUUGUCACAAGAGGAGGACGAUUUUUUGUUCCAACUCGCGGUGACAGGGUCAGAAACCCAUGAUAUGCUAGCAGAACCAGUAGUAGAAUUUGAGAAAAGUGCCGGCGAACAGGGUAUUAAAGAUGAUGAUGGCGCGCCGGUCGAUGCUUCCGAGACUGAUCUUGGAGACGAACAGCGCGCUUACGACGAACUUAAAGCCCUCCUGGACGCCACGAGCGCCACGGCGAGCGCUUUAAUCAGUACCCGCGACGCGAAGGAAAGUCAAGAAGGUUCUGUUUCGCCAGGCGGCGGUAGGGCCGGGUUGGGGAUAGCGUUAAGCGGAACUCUUAGCGACCCGCAGUUGGCGCUGCAGCAGGUCCAGUGGCUGGAACGCGCGUCGUGCGCUCUCACCAAGUUCCUUCCCCUUCUAGCUACGAGCAUACGGGACGGCGCUACUGCUAACAGCGCUGCGAGCACCAGCACCAAGGCGCUUCAGAAGACCGUCGCGGAGCAGGCAGCAGCAACUGCCGGCUCGCCGGGUUUCGUUGCACAGAUGCUUUCUGCCAUGUCGGAGCCGCAAGGCGCCGUGGACGGAGCAGACGCGUCGGACGAGCCCGCGUCGCAGCAGCAGCAGCAGCAGCAGCAGCAGCGGAAGAUUGCUGAAGAGGAGGAGGACGCGGCAGCGCUGUUCCAGAGCCUGCAGCGCGACAUUGGCAUGGCGCCAGGCGAUGAGGGCAGCGACUCCACCGUGCUACAGCCUCUACAGCCGUUGUCGCAAUCGCUGCCACCAGGUCACGUUCUUGACAUAGCUAUUCCGGAAGGAGCGCCACCAGUGGAGUCUGUCUACGCAGGGGACAAUUGCAUCAGCGCUGCACCAGUGGAACUUGGUGCUGCUGCUUCAACGGAUGCAGCAUAUGCGUUCCCCAUCGGCUCUGCUACUUCCGUGGUCGACAAAGAUAAUCUCAAUGCGCCAAGGCCUCUCUCGUUCCAUCAGGACAUGGCUGGUCACAACAGCAUGUGCAUGGAUAAGGGACCUGGGAUCCCUGCUGCUGCGCUGCUCGACAGCGUGCCAUACGCAAUGCUCGCCGGAAACUCGGGAUCCCUGCUUGGGUCUGCUAUCCAGAAUUUCACUGUCCCGUACCUGGUGCUGGAACACUCUCAGCCUAAGCUCCCCCAUGUGACGUCUACUGCAGUGGCGACGUCGCUGCUUGCACACCUGGCUGGGUCCCAUCCGUCCAGCCCCGCAUCAGAGACCUCUUCUGCGCCUGUUGUCGAACCUGCUGCCUUGCUUCCUCGCUACAAAGGACCCCACUAUAAGGGAGUUCGCCAGAGAAGGUGGGGACGCUGGGUUGCUGAGAUUCGCGAGCCACGCAGGCGUAGCCGCAUUUGGUUGGGUAGCUAUGAUGAGCCUGAGGAUGCAGCCCGAGCAUAUGACACGGCUGCUCGACUCUUGAGGGGCAAAAAGGCCCGACUUAACUUCCCUGCAAGCAACGCUUCUGCACCACUUCCACAUGCUGCCGCAGAAGCGGUGCUCCGCGCUUUGAGGAGGAUGCAAGAGACGCAGGAAACGCCCAAGUCACCAGGUGCGUGCAUGCGAUUGGUCAACAGCCGCAAGGAAAACCAGGCGCACCAGUCCGCGUUUCUCUCGAACUGA